GAAAUAUGUGUGUUUACUAUUUCUUCAACUGCAGAAAAAGCUGUCUACCUUGUGGUUUUUCAUCUGUCAUUUUUCAUGUUUAUAUGGUCCUAUUGGAAGACAAUUUUCACAUCUCCUGCAUCCCCUUCUAAAGAGUUCUGCUUGUCAAAAGCUGAUAAAGAACAGUAUGAAAAAGAAGAGAGGCCAGAAUCGCAGCAGGAGAUUUUGAGAAGAGCUGCUAAAGACUUGCCUAUCUAUACAACAACAGCAUCUCGAGCAAUCAGAUACUGUGAUCGAUGCCAGCUCAUCAAACCUGACCGCUGCCACCACUGUUCUGCUUGUGACAUAUGUGUGCUAAAAAUGGACCACCACUGUCCCUGGGUGAAUAAUUGUGUGGGAUUUUCUAACUACAAAUUCUUUCUCCUGUUUUUAAUGUAUUCCUUACUGUACUGUCUGUUUGUUGCCGCUACAGUCUUGCAGUACUUCAUAAAGUUUUGGACAAAUGAAUUGCCAAAAUUCCACGUACUGUUCCUUUUCUUUGUGGCAGCCAUGUUCUUCAUCAGCAUACUGUCACUCUUCAGCUACCACUGCUGGCUAGUUGGCAAGAACAGGUCAACCAUAGAAACAUUCCGUGCACCCACAUUUCGAAAUGGCCCCGAUAAAAAUGGCUUUUCUCUUGGAUGCAGCAAAAAUCUGAGGGAGGUUUUCGGUGAUGAAAAGAAGUAUUGGCUAAUCCCUAUCUUUACCAGUUUGGGUGACGGGUGUAGUUUUCCAACUCGUUUGGUGAUUAUGGAUCCAGAGCAACUUACUGUCUCAAGCCAAAAUGAACCUGCCAAAAGCUCUGGAGCCAAUCAGCCCUUUCCUCCUCGACCACUCAGUGAAUCACAAAAUCGCUUGCUAGCCAGUGACAGUCAGUGGGUGGAAAGUGGCCCUGAAGAGGAAGGUGUUAAAUCAGGUGCAAAAAAGCAUAUUAUAGUUUCAUUGGAAAGCUGAUCUCAGUUUAUUACUAACCAACCAUCUCAGUGAGAAACAGGUUUCUGCAACACAUUUUGUGCUUGAAUAUUACUUAAUUUUGUUUGGAUGAAGUUGAUCAGUAAAAAAUGGAACAUUUUAGGAAGAGACAAGAAAAUCAAGUUUCUGCACAGUACAAUGGAUUCUUGUAAGCACUAUUGCAGAGCAGGGAAGUUAAGACAGAUGCCUUAAGACUCUUAACAUGCAUUUAUGCAACACUGAAUUAUAUAUUGCUACCAAAGGGCCAAAUCCUGAAGUGCCCUGCUUGGAUGCACAAGGUCCAGAGUGGGAACUAUGCAUUUCUGUUAAGCUGCAGUGGGUGGGGGUAGAUUGCAGAGACUCCUACCUCCCCACGGGCAAACUUCACAUCUUAGGCACUGCAGAAGUCACUUCCAUAGCCAGUCUCCAGGGUACAGAAAGAAAGGAAAAAGGUAGAGUGGAUAAAAAGAAAAAUCAGCAGAGCACAGCCAAGUGAGUCUGAAGUGUGACUAUGCAUUGUGCGAACACCGGGUGAUGGGGAAGGGACUGGAUCAUGU